AUGACUUCUUCAACUGCUUAUUUGUUCACUGAUUUUUCAGCCUUCUCUUCUUCCUCAUCCUCUGAUGAUGAAAAUGCUGAUGCAAAAAUUGUUUCCCUUGUGGAUCUUUAUGAGAUAAAUAAUGCUAGUAUGAUACAAAUACUGAUAGGAAGUGAUCAAUUAAAGAAAAAAGGUGGCUUUGUUGUAAGACAUAAGUACAUAUGUCGCGAAAAAAGAAAGGAAAAUGAUCAAUUGGUUGCGGAUUAUUUUGCUACAACUUCAACAAUUAGAAUGCUCGCAUAUGAAGUGGUAGUAGAUGCAAUUGAUGAUUAUGUGCAAAUUGGGGAAAGUACAACAAUUAAAAGUUUGAAACACUUUUGCAAUUCAAUUAUCGAAAUCUUUGGACCUGAAUAUCUUAGAUCUCCAUCACCAAUUGAUGUUGCUAGAUUACUUGCUAUUGGGGAGGUUCAUGGGUGUGGACUGGCCUUUUUCCGCACCCCGGCUUUCAGAAAGUCGUGCCAUUUUGAAGUUGAUGGGAACAUCAAUGUAUGCAUUGUCAUGUUCUGCAAGCCUCAGAACAUUGAAUUGGCAUGA